UCUCCAUCUAAGGCCUGAAACUUGUGUAAGUCCCCAAAGAUGGGUGCCCUCACUUUGGUCAUAGCCAUGGUCAUGGCCUUAAGCUUGGCCACCCUCUCAAAUGGAGAGGACACCAUGUUCAAUGGUGAAAAGCUUCUAGCUAACCAGUUCUUAGAAAAUGACCCCUACAAGUUCAUAAUGCAAUCAGACUGCAAUCUAGUGUUGUAUAAGAAGCAAAGCAACAACAAUAACAAGGCCCUGUGGGCCUCGGGUACGAACGGCCAUGGCAGCUCAUGCACUUUGCUGUUGCAGAACAGUGGGAACUUAGUCAUAUCUGACGGCUCGGAUGCUAUUUGGACGAGCAAAUCUUCUCGUGGACCGAACACUUACCGGCUCGUGGUUCAGGACGAUGGCAACGUUGUUACAUAUGGGGGAGCAACUUGGGCCACAAACACUGUGCAGAGCUCAAAGAAGAGGAGUUUCACGAGCAUUGUCAAGAACGCAACCGUGACCUUCCCUUAGUGCUCUCUCUCUCUCUCUCUCUCUCUCUCUCUCUCGCGUAUGCAGUAUGCCCUAGUAGUGUAGGAAUCCCUUUUGGUUCCUAAAUCAAGUACCCACCAUGGUGUUUAAUUUUUUUCUUUUCUAUAUUUUCUACCAAUAUUUUUGCUACCGCCGUAUGUGUUUGUAAGAGUUUCA